AUGCUCACCGAUUUGCGACUGGUGCCGGUCAUAGUAGUCAGCGACAUGGUACUUGACCUGAUACUCCCCGGCGGGAGUAUCGUCAAGGUAUCAAUGCCCAUCGUGCAGCUCAACGGCGUGGUGCUCGUGGCAGUGCCGGUCCUGCUGGUGCAUGUCGAGGCGGUGGUGCGCCCGAUCGUGCUGUUCAGCGAUGUGCUGCAAGUCGAGCUGCUGCUCCUUGGCGUGCUGCUCACCGAUCCGCGGCUGGUGCCGUUCAUGGUGGUCAGCGACGUGAUGCUAACGGGCGUGCGCGUCCCACUCGUUGGCAGCAGAAUCGAGCUGAUGCUCUGGGGCAUGCCGCGCGAUGUUGGGAUGCAACUACUCGUACGGGUGCACAGCCGCGCAGUCAUCCGGGCGGAACUCGUCUCACUCGUGGCAAUCGGGCUGCUCGAAGACAGGGUGCUCGUUGCACUGCCCGUCUCACUUGCAGAUGUGAGGCUGCUGGUGCUGGAUCCCGUCGUGCUGCUCAGCGUCGUGGUGCUCGACUCCGUUGUGCUGCUCAGCGUCGUGGUUCUCGACUCACUCGUGCUGGACCCCGUCAUGCUGCCCAGCAUCAUGGUGCUCGACUUUGUCGUGCUGCUCAGUGUCGAGGUGCUUGUCACCAAGACGUGGUGCUCGUUGCACUCUUCGUCUCGCUCGUAG